AUGGGUGCUUCAGGGAAAUGGGUUAAGUCAAUUAUGGGUCUCAAGAAGCCAGAGAAAGAUGAAACUGAAAAGAUUAGUGGGAAAAACAAGAAAUGGAAGCUAUGGAAGAAUCCUUCAGGAGAUUUAUCCUCGUUGCCUUGGAAGGGCUUUAAGGGAAGACAUAGGUCUGAAGGCUCAGUUUCUUACUCUGCAGCUGUUGCAACUGUGCUCAGGGCUCCUCCUAAAGAUUUCAAAGCUGUUAGAGAAGAAUGGGCUUCUAUCAGAAUCCAGACAGCUUUUCGAGGCUUCUUGGCGAGAAGAGCGUUGAGAGCGUUGAAAGGGAUAGUGAGGCUACAAGCAUUAGUGAGAGGGAGACAAGUGAGGAAACAAGCAGCUGUAACACUAAGGUGCAUGCAAGCUCUGGUUCGAGUUCAGGCUCGUGUGAGAGCUCGUCGUGUGAGGAUGACUGUGGAAGGACAAGCUGUUCAAAAGCUGUUAGAUGAACAUAGAAGCAAAUCUGAUCUCUUGAAAGAAGUCGAGGAAGGUUGGUGCGAUAGGAAAGGAACGGUUGAUGAUAUUAAGACAAAGUUGCAACAGAGACAAGAAGGUGCUUUUAAAAGAGAACGCGCUUUGGCUUAUGCUCUUGCUCAAAAGCAAUGGAGGUCAAUUCCUAGUUCAAACCUUAAGACAAACGGUUCAAUCUCAUAUCUGAAAAGCCAAGAGUUUGAUAAGAAUAGUUGGGGAUGGAGUUGGUUGGAGCGUUGGAUGGCUGCUCGACCAUGGGAGACUAGACUUAUGGACACCACCACCACCACGACACCUCCUACUAAACAUUUGAAGUCAUCACCUGAAGUUGUUAAAGUUCGAAGAAACAAUGUGACAACUCGAGUAUCUGCAAAACCUCCACCUGGUUACGACUUUAAUGUUAGUCCCGGUUCCUCGACAACCACACCUGCUUCUGGAACCACUGGAGACAACAACUCUAGCAGUCAGAACAAGCCAAGUUACAUGAGUAUGACUGAAUCAACAAAGGCUAAGAGAAGGACCAACCAUGUUGUCAGGCAGUCUAUGGAUGAGUUUCAGUUUAUGAAGAGCUCUGGAUUGUUUACAGGGGAGUUGAAGAGCAGCAGCAGCCCUGGCUCGGAUCCUUCCUAUGUUAAUUUCUCCAAGCCUUUUGGUGUUUCUACACGAUUUGAGAAGCAGAGAGGGUGA